CUUCGUUGACCAAUAUGACCCCAUCAGAUAGUAGCUAGCAAUAAUACAGGCCCUAGAUAUACCGACACACGUAAAAAAGCGCAGCUCAAUACUCACAAAAACGCAUGACCUCCCAACCUGCCGGGACUGCGAAUAGUCGUAACCGCUGUGCACCAGUAAACUCCACAAGGAUGAUAAUCCCUGCAGACUCAGACGGGCCCCGCGUCGAAGACUGGUAUUACUUGUGCAUGGCGCUAGAAAAUACAGCAGUUAGGUAACACAUGCGCAACACCUUAUUGACCGAACAGCACAACACCAAUAAGAGCAACCAAUACUGAACCCGAACUAACACCAGGCUACUGCGAUCACCGUACGGCUGGACAUACACGAUCCGUUUUGGCCUCACAAGAGGAGAAGAAGUCCAAUAUGUUGCAACAUUCACCUGCCACUGCGGACAGUUGAAAGUAGAAGUCAAGAAACUGCGCCCAGAUCUACCCCCUGGCAUGGACAAAGUCAUCCUAUCCAUGGAAAUUGAUCUUGAAUAA